CCUUUUGUGUUUGUACUGCGGUUGCAACGACCCGUAUUUUCAGGGCACUCAUUCUUUACCCCUGGGUAAUACAUGGUUCGAUUUUUUGAAUUUUUGGGUUGGUUGUGUUUCUCCAAAAUUUCAGGACCUGUUAUCUCCAUCUCUUUCAAGUUAUGGGUGAUCAGUUACAAUCGCAUAUAAUCUUUCUUUCGAUUUGAAGUGAAUGAGUUUUUACCGGUUGUUGUGACGAUUUCAGGAGUUGCUAACUAUUUCGGUUUUCUAGCUCCCACACCGACGGAAACAGAGUGGUGAAGCCUUCCACUCAUUGCGAUCUCCGCUGCAUGUAGUAGCCAUGGACAGUGGUCGUAAGCGCAUACCUUUAGGUGUUGUUUCUCCUUCGGCUUUUAGAAAUGCACAACGGAGGCGAUCUUCCAAUGAUGUGCAGACAUCUGGUAAUGUGUCAUCUGCGAAUCGUGAGAAUUUGGAACCGAAUAGAGCAUCUGCAUCUCUGCCAGAAUCAAGUUUUCAGACUCCAGCACGUAAUGUUAAUGUACACCAGCAGCCAUCACACUACACCCUGGGUUCGUGUACAGGUAAUCAGAUUCUUGGUGGCAAAACGCAGGGGUAUCUUACGCCAUCACAAAGAAGGCUACUUGGUGUUGAUCUGUCUGGUAAACAUUCUAUUAUAAGCAGGCAUUUUGAUUGAGGCUAUGAUUGAUUGAAUUGUAUUAGAUGCACUAACUAAUUGACAGGAAGUUUAAACAUUUUAUUAUAAGCGGCAUUUAAGCUAUUAAUGUUUUGACAGUGAAA